CGAACUUUCUGCCUUUUUCUCUCGUUUCAGUCUUCCCAGAAACGUAGGAGACUUUCCCAACCUCCUCUCCCUCUCCCUCGCCUCGCCGGAGAAUUCUGCUUGGAAGGAAAUUUUCGACCAUGUCAGGCAUGCUGCCUGGAGUUGAGGUCGCUCGCCGGAGGAGGGCAAGCCACCACCACCAGAUCGUGUCGAAGCCCUCCACUCGCCGGAUGGAUCCCGACGCCUUCUGCCCGUUAGGCGCGACUGCUGGGGAAUCUUCUUUGGAUGAAAAUACUCUCAAGGCUAAGCGUAACCUCGAGGAGAAGCUAUGGAACCGGAAACCAAACUGCAAACGCGGAUGGAGUACGUUUUUCUGCCAGAGAAACAGGCCCCCAGCGGAUGAGCCUCCGCCGGAAACAAGCCGGAAAGAGCCCAUUCCGAGCACGACCCUCGAAAAUUUCCGGUCUGCGAUUCUUUCAAGCCAAGUAGGUGCAGGGAGGGAUCUGUGCUCCGCCUGUUUGGAUGGGUUUCAUUUACAGCAGUCUGUGAUCCGCCUACCAUGCUUCCACGGACGCAUACGGAGUGCCUCCGCGCUUUCUUGAAUGCUCAAGCUCGUUGCCUCUACUGCGGAUCCAUUUUCAUCGGUUGUGUGGUAGUUUAGGUGUUUGGAGAUUAACGCUUGUGAUAUUGGGAAUUGUUGUUGUUCAUGAAAUUGGUGUCGGAGAAAUCAAGGGAUUUCAUGAACUUGGUCGUCCUUUUCCCGACUCCUAAAAGAACUAGCUACAGAGCCUUUUGAUGUAGCUUCUAAUAUGGGGAGCUCAAUUACUGUAAAUAUAUUUACUUUGGAAAUUCACGGAACUUACCGUCUAUCAA